AGGGUAUGUGGUCAUUAGUUUACACCUGGGCCAACAUGGCGUCCUCUUCCCGGUCGUCCAGGCCGCGGAACGGUUAUCGUUCUCCAGACAGCAGACACAUCCCCGAGGAGGACAAGAUCAUGUUUGAAAAACUCCAUGAUGCAGUCGGAAGAACCAAGUUCAAGAUCAAAUCUCUUGAAGAUGAAGUUGUUUCAAAGGAGCGUGCGGCAGCGAGAGAGGAGGCCCUGCGACGUGAAGCUGAGCGCAAGCAGCACGAGAUGGAGGAGAAACGGCUGGUGGACAUGUACGGUGAUUCUGGGGUCAACGAGGAACUGAAAGAAAGGCUGUCACCAGAAACGUUGAGGAGGAAAAGGAGAGGUGAGAGUCCAAGUCCCACCCCGAGGUCCACGGAAAAACAUGUCCGGUUUGAGGACCGGCGGUCAUCUGAGUCGUCCAUCACCAGCUUAGAGAGGAGACAGGAGGAGGAGGAGGCAGAGGAGGAGGAGAGCAGAGAUUUUAUAGAUGACGAGCAGGAUGGUGAGAGGAGACAAUUGUCGAGAAGAGACAUGAAUGCCAGCCCUGGCAGAGGCCAGCGUGAUUACCGGCGCAGCCCUCCACGAGGCCGGCCCAGACCACCUCCACCCCCUCCCUGGGACAGGAGAAAUGACUAUUAUGAUGAUGAAGAAUACUAUGAUUACUAUGAUGAUGACUAUUAUGAGGAUGAAGAUUACUAUGAAGGGCCACCCACGUUACCCCUCCCUCCCAGAAGGUCAAGGUCACCAGGAGCUGGCAGGCCAAGGUCAGCCCCCCCUCGCUGGGGCAGCCCUGGUUCUCCUGCAGGCAGGCGGAGGAGGAGGAGGCCUGACUAUGACCAGUAUGAGGAGGAGGAGGACAUGGACAUCAGAGAACUUCAUGCUCGCAGCCCUACUAAGAACCAAGAGAGCCAAACUGUUAAUCAAAGUGACCAAAGCUUGCAGGUGGACACCACAGCAGAUCAGAGUUCCUUUGUUAACAUUUCUUUUGACACGUCUAAAGAUAAGCCAGAAGAGGAGGCUGGGAAGAGCCUAUCUUUGCUACUCACCGAGCUUGAUGCAGUCAAGGAAGAAAACAGACAGUUGAAAGCAAAGCUAUCUGAGGCUGAACGAGACUUGCAGGGAAUGCAGCUCCAGGAGUCUCUACUUGAGAAGUCUUAUGAAGCACAGCUGGCAGAGAAAGGUGCAGAGCUGAUCCAUGAGAUCCAUCAGGCACAGAAGGAGCGGGAGUCUGCCGUCAUGAACCGCCUACGCCUGGCCAAUGAGGAGAGAGACGAAGCCCUUCUGCGCUGCAAGAGAAUUGAGGUCGCCAAGGACCAGUUGCCAUCAAGUGAAGGAGAUUACAGCCUGGGUGAUGCUACUUUAGAUGAGUUGCUGGACAGAAUAGCCAAGGCGGAGACGGGGACAGCCAUAGAGAGGGAUGGGCAGAUGAUCCUGGACAGGAUUAACAACACCAAGAACAGGAAGAAGCGCAUCACCAGCGAGGAGAUGAGAGCUAUCAUAGACGAGAGGGAUUCUGCUGCAGAGAAGGUGAAGAGACUAGAGCAGGAGCUGGCAGGGUACAGGAAGAAUGCCGACCGCUCAGGCAAGGCCGUGGUGCCUCGACAGAACAACCAGGAACAGGCACUCAAGGAACAACUUGCAGCCACACGACAGGAGAGAGACAUGUCCUUUGCAAAGAUCAGAAAGCUGGAGGAGGAGGUUCAGCAACUGCAGGUGUAUUACAGCCUGCACAAGUCCCUGUCCCAGGAAGCCAGCAUGCGGGAACAGUUCAACAACACGCUGAACGUGGUGGAGGACCAGCUGGCCCAGCGCGACACCAUCGUGAUGCAGACACACCGGUACAGCGAGGAGCUGGCCCUGCAGCUGAAGGGCGUGCUGGAGGAGCGAGGUGCGCUGGAGGCACAGCUGCAACAGGCACGGCAGGGGCAGCAGGAGGCACAGGACAGGGCUGAAAAAUUGGAAAGGCUGGUGAAUGUCCUGAGGAAGAAGAUCAGUGGUGGAGUUGUGAAGACUGUGAACUGAGCUGCCUACAUGAGUCCAGUCUGCCGUGCUCAACACACAGCUCCACACACACUGGGACCUGCAGCUGGAGGAGUGGGGCCAAGAGAAGUUGUUCAGGAAAAUGGGACCAACGUUGCAAUUCCAGACACAGAUUCUGCCAUCCCUUUCCUUGAAGACAUUCCAAGAAAUGGAUGGGAUCUGCUUGUAUAACAGUGGACUAUAGAAAGCUGGGACCAUCCAUCAACAUCAAGAGGUGUUUCUGAGAAGUAGCCAGAAGCAGCCCUGCAUGUAUGCCAUAUUUGUGUAGGCAGUCCAGAAGAACACAUUUACCCUGAUAGUCAGUUGUACAACUGUACUGAACUAGUGACUAAGUGUCUUGUUUAGUGAAAGGGGGUUAUUUCGUGCGUAUACAUUUGUAAGACCAAUCUUUCUAAACAAAUGGUAUUUAAUGUAAAAAAUUCUGUAAAAAGUUUGUGUCCUCCCAAAUCUUUCAUCAAAUGUCAAGGGAGGUGGACUAGUACAGCUUAGGAAGUAGAGAACAUUUUUGUUAAAUAUUACAUACUUGUAUAAAUCAUUUUGAGGAAGCAUGACUUCAAUAGCAGGCGUGUUGAGUCAUACGUAGUGAUCGUUAUCUAUAUUGUAUUAGAUGUUAGAAGCCUAACGUAAAUUACUAUAAUCAAUCAUGGUAAUGUUCCGGCCAAUUUUAUACUUUUGUAUACACACAUUGUAUUUUAUUGUAGAAAGUUUGUGAAGUGUAUAGAAGAGAAUGGGGGAGGUACGGCACUGUUUGUGCCAGCUGGUAAUUAAGUUAAUGGUCUUUGAUGUGAGAGUUCAUGAGAUGAGUUUAUAGCUGUAAUGAUGAUGGGGCUGUGAGCGGUGGAGAUGCCUGUAAACACACUAAUGCUCUAAUUCUAGACUGAACGUCAACAGCGCGGGCCUGGCACCACACUGAGGAAGGAGAAGCGGAAGUCAGUCGUGACAUAAGUGCAGUGUGGUGCCUGGAGUCUUAUAUCUGGGGAGACUUAGGACAUGUCUUAACUACGUGUGUGUCCGGCACCCAAAUCCUUCCUUCCUCAAACACAGUGGGUGGAGUUGGAAGGGGGGGGGAGGUGUACGCUGCAGGUGGGAGGUUUACCUGUACAGGUGCACCUCGCCUCUCCGUACCGGGGCCAGAGGUGACCUGCGGGUCAUGGCGACAGGACGGUCCCAGACGCAGACAGCCGGAUGAUUGAUUGGGAAGGAAUUUGCCCGCCCCAUAUUAUCAAGGACAGCUUAUCAGUGUUCAAACAAUAAAGGUAAAUGAAGUCUUUUA